UCUCGAAGCCGACGAGACACAACCACGACCAUCUACUCACUCAAUCCUCACUCAAUCCUCACUCGGGAUCCAUCGUCUGGUAGACAGGGCCUCGUAACAGCUCAUCACACUCGCUUGACCGUCUCGAGAAAAAAUCAUCUAUACCCUCGAUGAUACGCAGAGCAAGUCGUGUCCCCGCCCAACUUCGGCUCAAUGGCGCCAGACAUCUAGGCAUAGCAAGCCUCUCAUCGUCACGGCUACAAAGUCAAUCGUCCCUGUUACCUGUUGCAACAUGCAGAAGUACAGUCCUGUCUAUACAAACGCGAGGUUUUCGGCAUACGACCAGAUUAUGGAAGCAAACGCAACAAGACACGACAGAGGCGAGUGACAAGCGGCAGCAGCAGAAUGAACUCGAAUUCAAACCUACAGACCGAGCAGCAGCUGCUGCAAAAGUCAAUUUGUCUGCCAAGCUGAGUACACGCGAUGAAGAAGCUGCAAUGAAAAAGGUGAGCGCAAAGGAAUUCUUUGGAUUAGCAAGAGGCGAGGCGUUGCCCUUUACAGCGGCAGUAUCGCUGCUUUUGAUGAGUAGCGGUGUCAGUAUGUCCAUUCCGUUCACCAUUGGCAAGAUUCUCGACUUUGCAACGAGUACAGAGCCGAAUCCCAUGAUUUUCGGGCUCACCAUGACGCAAUUUUACGGUACACUUGGCGUUGUCUUCGUGGUGGGUGGUAUGGCCAACUUUGGUCGUGUUUUGCUUCUCAGGAUCAUUGGCGAGCGUAUUGUUGCAAAGCUACGGACGCGUUUGUUUAGACGCACCAUGGCGCAGGAUGGUGAAUUCUUUGAUGCCAAUCGACAUGGUGACUUGAUUUCAAGACUUUCUUCAGAUACCACGAUUGUUGGCAAGUCACUCACUCAGAAUGUCAGUGAUGGCUUGCGUGCCGUUGUGAGUGCCACGGCGGGUCUGAGUAUGAUGGCUUGGGUGUCUCUUAAACUCACAGGCAUCAUGAUGUGUAUUGUUCCACCAAUCGCCCUCGGCGCCAUCUUUUACGGUCGGUAUGUCCGGAAACUCUCCAAAAAGACUCAGGAAGCACUGGGUGACUUGACGAAAGUCUCUGAAGAGCGACUCGGUAACGUCCGUACUGCACAGGCAUUUGCGGGAGAACAGAUGGAAGUACGACGAUACAGCGAGCGUGUGCGAGAGAUUUUCAACCUCGCAAAGAAGGAAGCGAUUGCAAGUGGUGUCUUUUUCGGGAGUACGGGGCUUUCUGGUAAUCUCACCAUUCUAGCAAUCCUAUCUAUUGGUGGACAGAUGGUGACGUCUGGUGCUAUUUCUAUUGGUGAGCUUUCUUCCUUCUUGCUCUAUACUGGGUAUGUGGGUUCUUCCCUCGUUGGAAUGUCUGGCUUCUACUCAGAACUCAUGAAAGGCCUGGGUGCAGCAACACGUCUCUUUGAGCUACUCGACCGUGAACCCUCCAUCAAAAGCACCGUUGGCAAACAAAUACCACACGUCAAGGGAAUCAUUGAAUUUGAUAAUGUCAGCUUUGCUUACCCAACCCGUCCAGCCAUCAAGAUCUUUGAUGGCUUGUCCUUCAGCGUGAAGCCAGGCACGAAUAUCGCAAUCUGUGGUCCCUCUGGUGGUGGUAAAUCAACAAUCUCACAACUCCUACUACGGUACUAUGAUGUUUCCCAAGGAGCCAUUCGGAUUGAUGGGACAGAUUUGCGUGAUUACAACCUAAAACGGCUACGCAAGCAAAUCGCUAUUGUUGCACAAGAACCCGUUCUCUUUUCCGGCACGAUUGCAGAGAAUAUCGCGUAUGCGCAUCCCUCUGCAUCACGCGGUGCUGUGCUUGAAGCGGCGCGUAAGGCGAAUUGUUCAUUUGUGGCAGAUUUCCCGGAAGGUCUUGAAACGAAUGUUGGGACGCGUGGUGCACAGUUGAGUGGUGGACAAAAACAGCGUAUUGCCAUUGCGCGUGCAUUGCUCAAGAAUCCGAGUAUUUUGAUCUUGGAUGAAGCGACGAGUGCGUUGGAUGGGAAGAGUGAAGUGGCUGUGGAUCAUGCGAUUCAGGGCCUCAUGCGAACGGAAACCCUCACCACGCUGACUGUUGCGCAUAAAAUUGCGACCAUUAGACGGGCAGAUCGGAUUAUUGUGCUCGGUCAGCAUGGAACGGUUGUUGAAGAAGGAACGUAUGCGGAAUUGUCACGUCCUGGUACUGAAUUCAGUGCAUUGAUGGAGUUUCAGCGAUCGACUGGGUAUGGCACGAGCAAAGGUGAAGUGAGCAAGAAGCCUGAGGAUGAGGAGAGGGCUGAACGGUCUGAAGCAGGUGAGGAGAAGGCGAAGCAGGAAGAGGAGAAGUGGAAUCCUCUUCAGUAAUGUCAAAAGCAAAAGCAUUGUACCAACAUAAACAUCAUCUCCAGUCAU